AUGAGCUCCGAAAAACCCAACAGCAGUUCUGAGAAGAGCGCAAACGACCCGAAGCUUGCUCCAGAAGUGGAAACAGUCAAGGAUGCUGGCUCAGAAGCUUACUCUGACGAGAGCAAGAAGUGCCUCAUCGUUUCUGACGAGGAGCGGAGAUUAGUUAGAAAGCUCGACUGGCGAAUCUUGCCCAUCACCUGCAUGAUGUAUCUCUUCGCUUACUUGGACCGAUCAAACUUGGGUAAUGCACGUCUGCAAGGAUUACCGCAGGAUACACUCCACGGUGAUCCAACCGGCAAAUUAUUCGACUGGGUCAACUCCGCCUUCUUCUUCUCAUAUAUCCUGUGCCAAAUCCCAGCUUCUGUAGUUUCGAAGCUUUUUCCACCUCGCCUGUGGCUCGGAUCCGCUGCUCUUGGCUGGGGCCUAUGUUCUACUCUCAUGGCCACUGCGUUCAACUUCGCGGGUUUGAUUGUUGCUCGAGUUGGUCUUGGUGUUUUCGAGGCCGGAUUCGGGCCGGGCGUCCCUCUGUACUUAUCCUAUUUUUAUACCAAGCAUGAGAUGGGACUGCGCAUGGCAUAUUGGUUCGGCUUUGCCGCGGUUGCAGGUGCAUUCGGAGGCUUAAUUGCUUUCGGGAUACAACAUGCGCAUGCUGCCGUCGCGAAUUGGCGACUUUUGUUUAUCGUUGAGGGAAUACCAGCCUUGCUAAUGGGCUUAGUCGCACUCGUCUUCCUUCCUGAUAGGCCGGAGAAAACUCACUUCCUUAACGAAGAUGAGCGCAAGAUCGCAAUCGCGAGGAUGAAUCGUGCGAUAAGCGGAGAUACGGGAUUUGUCGUCAAUAAGAAUCACAUAUUUGCCGCUUUGAAGGAUUGGAGGAUUUAUGUUGGAGGUGUUAUCUACUUCGGUCUCAACAAUGCUCUUGCAUCCAUUUCGGCUUUCUUACCGACUAUCAUUAAAACGUUUGGUUAUACGAACGCGAUCGCGCAACUUUUAACGGUUCCGCCGUAUGCAGUGGCCGCGGUUGUGCUUACGAUAACCUCGUAUACGUCUGACCGUCUGCAGCACCGUGGGAUGUUGAUGUCGGGCGCGAGUGCAGUGGGCGGUAUUGGAUAUUUGAUUCUCUUGCUUGUGCAUAACAAUGUACAUGCACAAUACUUUGCAGUCUUUUGCAUCACUAGUGGGACUUAUACGACCAUCGGACUCAUCAUUGCGUGGUUCGCGCAUAAUCUUGGUUCGGAGACGAAACGUGCGACGGGUAUCCCGAUGUUCAUGGCUAUCGGACAAUGUGGAAGUGUCCUUGGUUCACAUAUUUAUCCAUCGACAGAGGGGCCGCGAUACAUAAAAGGAUUUGCUGUGUCCUGCGCACUCGAGUUCCUUGCUGCAAUCUGUGCUCUUAUCCUAUCUGCGUCAUACUUUUGGGAUAAUCGCCGUCGCGAUCGCAUCUAUGGAAAGCCAGAGCCAGAAGCUAAGGUUGAUACCAGUGAACUAGCUGACAAAGCACCAUUGUUCAGAUACCUGACCUAAGAACUUACUGCGAAUGUAAAUAUUUUUAAAAAAGGACUAUCUGUUUUUCAGUUAUUUUUCUUGCUAACUGUAGAAUGUUGUUUGUUUUUGUUUUUGAUAUGACUGUAAAGUAAGGCAAUGGAAGAAACGCGAC